GGCAGUGCAGUGCGUAAAGCAAGAUGCCCUCCUGCCCAAGGUUCCCCCGGGGCGCGGCUGAGCAGAAGUGAGGGCAUCUCCUUGCCAUGAAAGAUUUCAAAGCGCAUUUGGUUCUCCAGGAGCUUCCGUGCCUCAGAGCUGUCAUUUCUGAAGCUUCCUGAUGGAUGGCCUGAGCCCUCGGCCCACUCAUUUUUACUCUCCAACCUGCCAAGGUUGACUUCCUGGCACAGUUUGUGGGCAAUUGUUUUUCCUAUGUAGCAGCAGCUUAAGGCUCCUGCCAUUGGGAAGCAGGAAGGCCAGAUAGGCCGUUAGCGUGAAAUACACACCAGAUUCGGAAGAUGGCAGUUUUUAAAGGUGUUUUACAGGCGUCAAGGGUCCGUGUCUUUUCCUCACCAGCUCUUACUCAGGAACUCUUUAUAAAGCAGGCAGCAACAGCGGCGCCGUGCUGCUUCGGGCAGGCCCUCCGGGAGUCCUGGCAGCAGCAUCACCUCCUCCUGCCCAUCCUUCCCUCUUGGUUUCCUGCCCUCCCACAUCUGUCCAUUUUCAAGUACGGAAACAGGGGCUGCGAGAAUUGAAAAGGCGGGCCUGAAGUUCCAAGGACAUUAGAUGAAAACCCAAGGGUGCUCCUGUCCUUCUAGUCCCCUGGGGCCACGACAAGAAGACACAGGUCCUUUCAUUACUGUCUGAUGACAGUGUAUGGAGUGGGGGGUGGGGGGCGCGACCCUGCAGCCGUGCGACGGCAGCGUCAUAAUAGUGACUAAUAUUUGCGGAGCCCGAACUGACCACACCCCGCCCCAGGCUUUUGCACCUUAUCUGCUUGCUGCCACUUAAUCCUCAGAGCUCCCCUGUGGGGUGAGCACUGUUACCCUCUCACCAUAUAGAUGAAGAAACUCAGGCCAGUGAUGUGCAGCUUUCUAUUUCAGCAGCUGAAUCCUUUGUUCAAGGGAAGUUUUACAAGGAACCCCCAAUUAAUCAGGCAGGUCCAGGGCGAACCUGCUUGCUGAGCCUCUCCCACUCACCCCCUUGCGGGGGCUCUGGAGAAGCUGUCUCAGAGCCUGGGAUCCCCCCUGAGCACAGUUUAAAGACCACCCAAGGUGGGGGGCAAGCGGGGGGACAGGUUCUAAGCAGAAUUUCCCAGUCCAUUUAUGCUCAUUUUACAGAUGAGCAAACUGAGGCCCGGAGGAGGGGAGGGAUUUAACGAGGGUCACCCAGGGAGUUAGAGCCACAACGGAUGCUCUGGCCAGAGUUCUCUGAAUCUCAGGCCUGUGUCCAUCAGUGAUACCUCUUUUACCAGAAAACAGAGGCCUUUUACUAACAGCUAAAAUGCCAUCUCUUCCAAGCCGUCUUUUUUUUUUUUUUUUUAAUGAUUUUUAUUUUUUUCCCAUUGUAGCUGGUUUACAGUUUUAUGUCAGUUUUCUACUGUACAGCAAGGUGACCCAGUCACACACACAUGUAUACAUUCUUUUUACUCACAUUACCAUGCUCCAUCAUGAGUGACUAGAUAGAGUUCCCAGCCCAAGCCCAAGCCCAGCUUGCAGUGGACUCUGUUAACACGCUCCUUUCACCCCCUCCUGCCCCAUCUCCCCACCACCUCCCAGUUGUCCUCCCAUAACCAAUCACAGGGGAAUCUCGCUUUAGAGAAACCAUCCCCAAGAGCCAAGUGGAUGAGUGUGGCUUGAAGCUGACAGCUUCAUAGUUUACCUUAGGCGUUCUCCGUUCCGCUCAGCUUAUUUAAUGUAAUGCCUCAUCACGCUGUAAUAUUCACAGGACACUUGACAUUAGAAAGGGCCUUUUAAAUCCUCUGAAAUAGGACUUUCAAGUUCAUUGGCACCUGGGAGGGUGUAAGUGGAACAUUAAGCUUCCUGUGCAUGCUAAGAGGGAGCCUCCUGCAGGAAACGUAAUGAUGGCCUCCCUCAGGGUGGCCUCUCCAAGGUGGCUUGCCACCCAGCCCCAUCCCACCUCCUCUCUUCUUGCUCCUCCCUGCCCCCUUGUCCCCACUGGCUUUGCCAUGGAUUCCUCUCUCCCCGAAACCUGGCUCGUCCCUUCUCCACGUCCACGACUUUUCUUAAGGGUUUUAGUGCAAACCAUCUAGAAGAAAUAAGUCGGCUGGCCAAGGUAACAAGCAUGGGACACUCCCAGGGUCCCAAAACUGUCCCAGCUGGCCCCAUUCCCCAUCCUUUCUUGUUGCGUCUGACGGGCUCCUUCCUGUGAUCUGGAGGUGAGUCUAAGGCUAUGUUUCCUAAGACUUGUGGUGCGAGACUCCAACUCCAGGAGCGGUUUCUCAGAGGCGUGGUUUCAUGGUCCAAGGCAGGGGGUGUCCUGCUUGUCCCCUCCCCCACUCAGCGACCACCAUCUGAUGUGGGGAAGCACAACAGUUUUGAGAAGUCAGGCAGCCCAGAGUCCUGUGCAGGUUCAUACAACCCAAGACUGGUUUGAGCACCAGAAAUGUGUUUGGCAGCCCACCUAAGAGCUGCUAGUUCAGAGGGUCUCCCUGAAUUGGUUCUGGAAGCCUCCGAGCCCUUUGCUAGGGUCCUCCUGGCCCUGGCAUAGAGAUCAUAGGGCUUCUCCUGGCUCUACUCAGGAAAAUCCAAAUUAGGUUAUUCUCUGAGAGCCUUCAGGAAGGGUUGUUUUUUUUUUUUCUUCAUCUAUACCAGAGCAUUGUCAGCUGCUUGUGCUUUCUUUGGAAGUAAAUAGAAAUGAAUCAAGGGGGGCCCAUUUAUGGUCUGAACAUUGCAUUCUUGGGGUCUGGUCAAGGGAAGACGUCAGGCCAAGCUGAGCCGUUCUGAGCAUAAAGGAUGGUGUUUUCUGUAUUUGGGAAGCAAGUCCUCUCUUAUCACGCCAGCUGUCACACGCUCAGAUUUCUCCUGCAAAUAUGCCCACACAUGCACACACUUACAUUCAUAACACCUAUCCCUGCUUUCUGAAACACAGGCUUCUUCUGGGAGCCGAGUGGACUUUGGGUUUAAUUUGCUUUUUAUUACUUGCAUUGUUUUUCGUUAACAGCGCAUCCCAGCUUUCCAAUGGAUGAGCUGGUUGUCUUUUCCUAGUGGUUGUUUCUCUCUGGAAAAUUCCAUCAGUCAUUUCACAGCUGAGUCAUGGGUUUUGUCUGUGUUUGUUUGCAUCAGGGUCUAAAACCACACGCUGCUGGGAAGAAGGUUAUAUUGAUUGUAUUCGUUUGCUGGGGCAGCCCUAACGAAGCACCAGGCACUAGGCCUCUCCUGGUGGUUGGCUGGUCAUCGUUGGUGUCCCUUGGCUUGUAGAAGCAUUCCCCCCAACUCUGCCUUCAUCCUCACAGGUGUUCUUCCCAUGGGCCUGUCUGUCCAAAUUUCCCUUUUUUGUAAGGACACCAGUCCAGUUGGAUUAGAGGCCCUCUCUGGCCCGACCUCGUCCAAACUUAACAUCUGCAGCCAGCCCCGUUCCAAGUCACAUCACCUUCUUACUUGGAAUGUGGUGCUGGCUUACUGAGGUACCAGGGGGCUUAGAACUUCAACUUAUGGGAGUUCCCGUCAUGGCACAGUAGUUAACGAAUCCGACUAGGAACCAUGAGGUUGCGGGUUCCAUCCCUGGCCUUGCUCAGUGGGUUAAGGAUCUGGCGUUGCUGUGAGCUGUGGUGUAGGUCGCAGACGUGGCUCAGAUCCCGCGUUGCUGUGGCUCUGGUGCAGGCCGGUGGCUACAGCUCCGCUUCAACCCCUAGCCUGGGAACCUCCACAUGCCUCGAGAGCAGCCCAAGAAAUGGCAAAAAAAAAAAGAACUUCAACUUAUGAAUUUGGAGGGGACACAGUUCAACCCAUAACAUUUAUUCUGCAGCAUUAAAAAGAAAAAGCCCUUAGGUUGUGCCUUACCCCUUAGCCUGUUGGCCUCAGAAACAAAGGCUGAGAGCGCGGCUCAUAUAGACUCAAGGACAGGUGGAAACGGGCUCAGUCACAGAGAUGCCAGCCGCUCCUGCAGCAAGCUGACACUAUCCCUUUUCCAAAGGAAGACCCCAGAAUGUCAGCAGGGAGGUCUGACUGGACCGCUAAUGGCAGGUCAUAGAUCAGCACAGCAAGUUCUUCUGCGAUGUCGUACAGACGAGAACUAGAGAAAUACCGUGACCUGGAUGAAGAUGAAAUCCUUGGAGCCCUAACGGAAGAAGAGCUCAGGACCCUAGAAAAUGAGCUGGAUGAGUUGGACCCUGACAAUGCACUGCUGCCUGCAGGCCUGAGGCAGAAGGAUCAGACCACCAAGGCGCCCACGGGCCCCUUUAAAAGGGAGGAGCUCUUGGAUCACUUGGAAAAGCAAGCAAAGGAGUUUAAGGACCGAGAAGAUCUGGUCCCCUACACAGGGGAGAAGCGAGGAAAAGUCUGGGUCCCCAAGCAGAAGCCGAUGGACCCUGUGCUGGAAACUGUGACGCUGGAGCCAGAGCUGGAGGAGGCCCUGGCAAACGCCUCGGACGCAGAGCUGUGUGACAUUGCAGCUAUCCUGGGCAUGCACACGCUCAUGAGCAACCAGCAGUACUACCAGGCCUUGGGCAGCAGCUCCAUCGUGAACAAGGAGGGACUCAACAGUGUGAUCAAACCUACACAGUACAAGCCUGUGCCCGAUGAGGAACCAAAUGCAACAGACGUGGAGGAAACGCUGGAGCGGAUAAAGAACAACGACCCGAAACUUGAAGAGGUCAACCUCAACAACAUCCGGAAUAUCCCCAUACCCACCCUCAAGGCGUAUGCAGAAGCCCUGAAAGAGAACUCAUACGUGAAGAAGUUCAGCAUCGUGGGGACACGGAGCAACGACCCGGUGGCAUUCGCCCUUGCUGAGAUGCUCAAAGUGAACAAGGUGUUGAAGACGCUGAAUGUGGAGUCCAACUUCAUUUCCGGAGCCGGGAUCCUGCGCCUGGUGGAAGCUCUUCCAUAUAACACUUCUCUGGUGGAACUGAAGAUCGAUAACCAGAGCCAGCCCCUGGGCAACAAAGUGGAGAUGGAGAUCGUAAGCAUGUUGGAAAAAAAUGCAACGCUUCUCAAGUUCGGCUACCACUUCACCCAGCAGGGGCCCCGGCUGCGGGCAUCCAACGCAAUGAUGAACAACAACGACCUCGUGAGGAAGAGAAGGCUGGCAGACUUGACCGGGCCCAUCAUUCCCAAGUGCCGGAGUGGCAUCUAGUGUGUGCGGGUGCUGACCACGCCUUUGAACUGGACGUGUCCUACUGAUAAGCUGUGCUCUGCAGUGGAAACCGGAAGGCAAAGUGCCGGCACAGACCCUGCUGUGGUUCAGUUCUUUAUGCACUAAGGUUUUAGGUUAGCUAGUGGUUGUAGUUGAAACUUUUAUAAACUAUGGUUAAUGUGAAGUUUUUCUUUAGUCACAGAAGUUCAGUCUGGUUAUUAUUUAAAAACUAAGAAGCCCCUGAACCAGCAGAUCUUACUGAAGACGAUAUUAUAGCAGCAGUGACUUACCCCCUGGAGCCCCGUUUGGGUGGCCUUGCUGUGUGGUGUUUCAGGUGCAUUUAAAAUACGAGACAUGAAAAAACAGCACCCUCUUCCAUGUGGUUUAAAAGCGUUGUAAGAUACUUUAUUACAAAUUUGAUCUUAGCUCUCUAGAAAACGAGACAGAUCAACAUUCUUUAUUAACACUCCUUUAAAUUUUAAGAACCUCAAGAUUAAGGUUGCCAAACUGAUUUUUGGAUCAAGAACACAAUUUUUUUUCCCCCCUCAAGAAAGAAAGACUGAAGCGACAAAGCUCUGCCAGGAAUCAAAGAACAUAAGAUUCCUUAUACUGGAUACAAGGAAAUAAUACAAAAAGCCAAUGGUGGAAUUUCAAAUUUUUAAAACUGUCCUUUUUUUAUUCUUUUUAAAAAACCUAUUCCAGACAACAAACAUUUCCCUAUGUUCUUUAUGAACACCUGGGAUUUACUUACAAUUUGAUACCGGAGUCAGAAAAUUUCUUCCUUAUAUAUAAUGCCAAUCUUACAGUGGAUGUGAAACCUAUGGCCAAACACCUUUCUCUAUCGCACAGCGGACCAAUGCCUCAUGUGAGAUAAGACACUAGAGAGACAAAUUUCUAGUCUAUCAUGGCUUAAGCUUACAGAAUUCAACUACCUGUCAUGUCACUCAUUUGUCAAGUCACCGCUGAUCUCAUGCCUGUCAAUUAAGCCUCUCAAGACCAAUGGUGAAGACAAUCCAGAUGUUUAGGAAUCAGGAAACCUGGCCAAACCAUCCCUAGAUGAUUAUUCUUAAAAUGUAAUUUUGGCAUUUCUGCCGGAUCCCUUUUAACAUCAUGUGCAUCUCUUGAGAUCCAGCAAAAAUGUUAAGCUCAAUGCCCUUGUGCCUUUUAAUAUACCACAGUGCCAGUUAAACUAGUAUUUCUGUUGCUUGGGGAGUUAUUUUCAUGAGUGAUUCAGCAAAUCUUAUGAUAAAGGACAGGCCAAAGAGCUGAUGAGCACAGACUAAGCCGCAGAGCACUGCGCAGAGAGGCUUUUGAUGAAAAAGGGCAAGUCUUGCACACUGAACUGUAAUGACGUGGACAGUACAGGGUAACCAGAGGUGGAGCCAGGGCCUCACCACUAUGGAGGAGUAUCUACUGAGGCUGCAGAUGGGCCCGGGAGUGGCUCCAUGCUGCAGAGACGGCCAGCCCCACUCGGCUUCUCCUUGAAACACAAUUGCAGCUGUAUUCUGCAUCACUGGAAACUGCAAUAUAAUAUUAAAUCUGUUGGUCUAUGAAUGGGUGUUCAUGUGUUUUUUGGGACUUGUGGGCUAGGGACACAUGAUGGCCAGGAGACUGGGAAACCACUGUGGCAAUUCUGAAUAAGUUCACACAGAACGUCUUCUAAUCCUGAGGUGUUCACCUAAAAACUACUGCCUACAUGUCAGUGUCAUCGAGCUAAAGUGAAUCUCUCAAAGAGCACACUUAGGAGCUAAGGAUGUGGGUGCUGGGGGAAGCAGACUAGCACAGGGAAAUCUUUCACACAAACUAAAUCAAUAAAAAAUGAAGGUGGACCCACAUCUUUAAGACCAUCUCCACUGUCAGAUGAGCUGUUGGGCCAGACCAGGGAUGGCAAAAUUUUUUCUGUAAGGGCCAGAUCAUACAGGCAUACCUUGUUUUACUGCACUCUGCAGAUACUUUUUUUUUGUUUUGUUUUAUAAAUUGAAGAUUUGUGGUAACUCUGCAUUGUCAGAAAAUAGCAUUUUUUAGUAAUUUAAAAAUUUUUAGCAAUUAAAAAAUUUUAAAAAUUUUAAAUUAGGUUAUAUGCAUUUUUUAGACAUAAAGUUAUUGCACACUUAAGAGACUACAGCAUAAUGUAAGUGUAAUUUUUAUAUGUACUACAAAACCAAAAAAAAAAAAAAAAA